AUGUCACCAGUACCAGUCGGAAGCCUCUGUCAGUACUGCAAGGGCAUCAAUGUGGAAACUAUCAGCCAACCUGGUGGACAUGCGCAUGCCCAUAGUCUGGCAGUUAUUCAGCAGAGCGCCCAACAAGGCUGCGCGCUUUGUGGUUGGUUCGUAACACUCACUUGGAGCAGAGAAAUCGACAACGAAAUGCGCGAAGUUGAACCGCCUACUUCUGCAGGAAGACAGUCCACAGAUCGCUUCCAUGUGCGACCCGUUGGGCCCGGAUAUCUUGGUCAAAGUCACAUUUGUUUGACCGACGACACAGGGGAGUAUCAGACCACAGGCCUCGAGAUGUGUCGUCUUGAGGGUAUGUGUCUGACGACCAUGUUGUUCUUGAAUGGAAACACAGUGCUGACCAUAGCUACAGGUGACUUAGCUCCUGAUGACUGUCCAAUUCCAGUCUGCAGAGCCCUAUCAGACACUGCCUCACCAGAAACACAAGAAACAGCUCUGUCUUGGUUGAAGCAGUGUGAAGUCGAACAUGACUGCAACAACUUGUCGAUACCUGGGCCCAACAACACCUAUGUUUUGCCCGGUCGAUUGGUAGACCUGCGGUCGUUCACACCCACGACUCCGAUCAUACGAUUGGUGGAAACUUUUGCUCUUCCUGGAAAUAUUACCAACACGCCUGGCUUCUACAGCACACUCAGCUACUGCUGGGGCAUCUCUCCCUUCUACAACACCACAUCAGCCAACCUCACCUCCUCACUCACCCAGAUCCCCUUCAACAUCCUUCCUCAAACCUUCAAGGACGCGUUUUUGAUCACCACGCAACUUGGCACUCACUUCAUCUGGAUCGACGCCCUCUGUAUCAUCCAAGACUCUCUGCAUGACUGGGAGAUUGAGUCGGCCAAGAUGCCCUACAUUUACUCCCUUUCCAGGUUCUGCAUCGCUGCUGAUGCCACUGCCGUCGCUGAAGGCGGCUGCUUCAACAGCCACAACCACUCCCCUCAGCAUCCCCGUCGAAAGGAAGCCGCACCUCUGAUCAUCCCAUCCAUGCUUGCAUCCACCUCGCAAAUCAGUCGUCUGUAUAUCUACCCCCGGCAUCACCAUUCCACCAACUCCCAAGCCCCCAUUUCCGACGCCCCCAUCUCCACCAGAGGUUGGUGCUUCCAAGAGCGAUUGCUUUCCCCUAGAACACUCCAUUACACCUCGGAGCAACUCUACUGGGAAUGCCGCCAGGACUCCAAGUCUGAGGACCUCAUCAACAAUACCCAAGGCCAGCCAUGGGGCACCAUGCCGGGCGCGCUUGCCCAACUAUACGACCCUACGUUUCGCCCCGAGCACGUCGUGAGAACGUGGUACAAGUCUAUCGUGGCACCUUACAGCCGGAGGAGUCUGACGAAAGAAACUGAUCGACUCCCUGCCAUUGGAGGGGUGGCCAGGGUGUACGCUCACCUGCUCUCCCAAGCGGAGAAGCGGAUCAGGAACGCGGAGACACAAACCUGGGUUGAGGGGUGGGUGGAGCGUCUGAAGGUGAAGCAAUAUGAUCUGGUCGAGAAUAGCGCGUAUAUUGCCGGGAUAUGGGGUCAUCAAAUUGGUCAUGGGCUAAGCUGGAGGAGAAGGAAGGGGACAAAGAAACCUGUGGCAGGGCAUGGGCGGAAGAGGACCAACACGUUUAGCUGGGUGUCUGUUGAUGGGCCGGUGGAGCAUUUCUAUGGAUAUAUUGAGGCGACCAGGCUAGUGAAGUGGAAUGUGCCGCUGCUGAACCCUCUUGAUCCCUUUGGUGGAGUGGGCGAGUGCGAGAUCACGUUGGAGGGGAACGUUAUCGAGGGGAAACUGGGGUAUUAUCAUCAUGGUGAUGCUAAUGCAGGAGAGUGGCGGGUGUUUGUCGAUAUACCACCGGACGGCGAGCUUGACCAUGGGACAGUGGACAUCGGUAGCGUGGACAUUGACGAAGAAACAGAUGAGUUGGCUGACGUCAAAGCUUCCAAUGGGUUGGUAGUCCGGGAUGUUUGGAUCCUAGCAACCUCUAUGCGCAACACACUAGACGUUUAUGCUCUAGUGCUUGUACAAAGUGUGGAAGACGAUGGCAAGGUCAGAUACCAGAGGUUGGGACUUUUGUGGAUCAAGUCUCCGGGCCGGAUGCCAGUGGCCGGCCGAGCUCCGAGACAUACAUAUAGAGGGGUGACUUGCCGGAAUACCUGUCCGCUGUGCUCUUCCAUGGUCGACUCUCACGGGAAAGAGUUUCACUACAAGACGCUGGCGUUGUUGCAAAUGAACCGUGACGAGGCUUUUCAGCAGAUUGUCAUUGUGUAG